UGGAGAGCCACGUAUGAAGCCAUUCAAAAGGACAGUGUAUCCACAAGGACAUUCCCGCUAGAGAAGUUUUAUGUCCCCGUUGUCCUGUUUGUUGUCUCCAUGAAAUCCUCCCUUCCCUCAAAAUCUUCGGUCUAGGGGAAGAAGUCCCCCUAUGACGUCACAUCCGAUUUGACAAUGGCGUGAGAACGAUUUGCGGAGAAUAAAAUAGAUGCUUUUACCACCUUCGCCUUCAUAUCUCCGGCGAGGGUGAUGUCUCCCCUUCCAAGCUGAGCCGUUCACAGGUGAGUGCCUCAUAAUGUUGGGCCGCUCCUCCGACUUGUUUCUGUCUGAAACCAACGCCUACGAUCUCGAGGCGGAGGCAAGUCUCGAGCAAAUGGUCGAGGCGGUGGUCAUUCUUGUCAUCUGCGUCUCCAUCGUGAUCACCAACGUGCUCAUCAUCUGGGCAGUGUCCACCUCGCCCAACCCGAAGGAGGCCAUCGACCUGUACGUGCUCUCGGUGGCCGUGGCGGACCUGAUGUGCGGAGUACUCAUUGUCCCGCUCUCUAUCUACCCCGCUUUCGUGCAAGAAUGGGUUUACGGAGACUUGGCAUGCCGGUUAACAGGGUUCUUGGGUCUGACCCUAUGGUCGGUCUGCCUGUACACUUUCAUGUGGAUAUCCGUUGAUAGAUACCUGGCAAUACGAAAGCCACUACGCUAUGAUGUCAUACAGACACGCACCAGAUGCCAGUGUUGGAUGGUAUUUACUUGGCUAACCUCCCUGUUCCUCUGCAGCCCACCCUUACUAGGGUUCUCCAAGGGGCGCUUCUACGGCGAUGGCUACAUCUGCAUGCUGGAUCUCGGAAACAUGAUACCUUACAGUAUCACCUUAGCUGUACUCGUGCUUGCGCCAAGUAUACUGACUAUCGGUUACACCUACUUUUAUAUUCUAAGCACCAUGUACAAGCUGAGGAAAUGCCUGACGAAGGAGGAACGCGAAUAUGCGACAGCCGUCAGCGAGAACCUGUCCAACCCUGAUCACUUGAUGUCCUUCGUCCUGAUCUUACUUUUCUGGAUUACGUGGAUGCCGUGGUUCUGCUUUCGAAUCUAUGAACAAGUUUCACAGACCACGGAGGAAUACCACGCCUUGCACUUCUGGCUUCUGUGGCUGGGUAUAACGGACUGCAUAUGGAAAUUUUUCGUUUAUCUUACCAUGAGUCCUAAAUUCCGACUCAGUCUGAAGAGACUGUGUUUUUCCAUGUGUUGUCGUGCUCCUACCAGGCAGCCCCUUAUCGUUUAAUACAUUUUAUUGUUGUUGUUCCCUGUGGCAUGCAACCUGUAUUGAAUAUUGGGUCGGCCAAGCUGCUGAAGCACGUUGUCCCGAGAGACAUCUCGGAGUACAUGAGGUUUUUAGACCUGACAGAAGUGGUGCUUUUUCCCCCGGUUAGUAGUUUCUAUGUUUGUUAGGUUGUGUCAAAGUUGGAAGGUGUUAGAUUAGAUUAAUACGCAAAGCUAUUCCGACCCAAAAUAUUCAUAAAAAUAUACCGAGUAUUACUUUUUGCGUUCUUGAAAAAUGGAAAUUUCAGUUUUUGAAAAAGUUUUCUUCUAAUCAUAAACAUCAGCAAAGGAGGAAAUAAUCUCAAUAUCUAAUUUUGGAUAAUUUAUGCCAUAAAAAUGAAAUCAAUCGUAUUCAUCCUUCUGCAAAUAAACUGUUUAGAAAAAAGAUUUUAUUCGUUAAAAAAAUAUGUCGUUAAACAGUUGCAAUACGAAUACAUGCAUCAAUACUUUAAUGAAAACUUGAGUAAGUUAAUAAUAAUUUCCUCAACAUUACUCCUUUUUGAAAGUGUUAGAGAAUUUUUAUAAGCACAAAAAGAGAUCAAAUUUCCUUCAUUAAAAUGUCAGUUUAAUUAUUUCAUGUUUGGUAUAAUUCCAUGUGGAGAAAUUAUGGAUGAGAGCUCUAUAAUUUUUUUUUACAUAAUUUCUUCUGAAUUAAAAUAAAUUCUCCAUAAACUAUUUUCCACAGUGAGUUUUUAUAUUUGAUUUCUUUAUUAUAAACAAAAUAUUCUACUGAUUAUUCACAAAGAAUUAAAUAUUUUUUUCCGUAGUUCAAUAUAAUGCUUCCUAGGAUACAGAAAGCUACCUGUUGAAUUGUAGAUGUUAUGGUCAAUGUGGAUAAGCGGUUAUUUUUAAUACUCAUCGGUCAUUAAUAAUAACCAAACCGGUUAAUAUUAAUAAUGACCGGUAUUAAUAAUAAACGAUAUUCACAUUGAUCGUAUCAUAGACACUAGAUCGCACACGUGCAGUGUUUAAUCAUCUUCGAGUUAUGGUCCAUAGAUAGAAAAAUCAGGAGGAUGAAGUUUUUCUUCAUUCAGGAGUUGGAGUGACCAUGACUUUUCAUUGCCAUUCUAUGAUUAAUUUGCCCAAGUGUGGGACAUUAAAAGAGUAUGCAAACAAAGAAUAAUAUAAAGAAAGCAUUGGAUGUACUAUUCCAUUAGAUAUUUUGAGGUAUCAAAUAUAAUUUUGCCUGAAAACUAACAUUUUACUUUGGAUUGCAUUAACUUUGUAACAUUUUCAUCUAUUCAUCAUUUUAGAAAUCAAAAUAUUUUGGUAGAAAAUUGCAGAGUAAAAGUUGAUUUGAUUUGCAGAAGGAUUUAUAUGUUUUAAUAUUGCAUUUGGUAAAAUAAUACAUUUAAAAUUUAAAAGUUAAUUACUGAGGCCAAAUCUUAAUCUUGCACAACUGUUGUGUGUUUAAAGAUAUUCUAAAAUUAUUGAUCUUUACUAAGAAGUUAAUAAUGAUAAUGAUGUAGAACAUACAGGCUUCAUUUUACAAGGAAUGUGCAAAAAAGUAAUACUCGUUGAUGCCCUCAUUUAAUGGACAUAUUGUGUUGCCUGGAUUGAUGUUGUAUUGUGAUGUGUCAAUAGCCUUAGUCAUUGCAAAGUAUUCAACGACAAUUCCAGUUUUAUACAUUCGCAUAUAUAGUUCUUAUAUUUCUUAUUCGUUUUUGACUGGACAUUGUAAUUUUGAUAAAGUCAUAUAUUGUUUUUCGGCUAGGAAAAAAAAAGGAAAUUUUUUAACCUAACAUAGGAUAAAUAUUUAAAGUAUUCUGUGAGCAAAAUUUUGAAUUUCAGCUCUUUUCAUUACUGUUCGGAGAUAAAGGUCUUCCAAGUCGAAAUUAGAACACUUUUUCAGACUUAAGCAGUUUUUACUAUGGCUUAAAUGGAGAAGAAUUAGUUAUGUUGUUAUACAUUGUUAGACCAUGUCAUAAUUUGAUGUUCAUGUUAAAAUACAGGAUAAUUCAAAAUGAAU